UCUAUUCCAGAAAUUGGAACUUCGAAGUCCCAAAAACUUUCCGAUCCCCGUCUAACCAUGGCAACCUCACCUCCUUCCACGACUCCGAACGGCAGAUCCGCAAGAGUUUUUAGCGAAUCAGACGAAAUCCAGAUCCUGAAAUGUUUGAUCAGAGCCACCAAAUCCAUUCCUCCACCAAUCACAACCGUUGGUACCCGAACAAUCAACCGCAUCAUCAAGCGUCUCAACUACAAGUUCACUCCUUCCCAAAUCAACGAUAAGGUCCGUAGACUGAGACUCAAGUACCAUAAACAUGCAAGAAGCAAGUCCCUCGUAAGAACCCAUCACGACCGAAGAAUAUUCAAGCUUUCAAAAAGAAUAUGGGGCAAGAAAAUAUCCGCAACGAACAAUGAGAAGGUAGAAGAGGAAAUGGGAAGCGGAGAGCGAAAUUGGGUGCGGAGUUUGGAGAAGUUUCCUUAUUUGGUGGCUGAGUUUUCGAGGGUUUUGCCUGAAAAUGAGGUGUGGAAAGAGAGGAUGAAGGGGUUGGAAGAGGAGAAGCUGAGGAAGAUGGAUCAAGAGUGGAUAUUUAUAAAGGUUGAAGAAGCUAAAUUGGUGGCUAAGAAGGCUGACUUGAUGCAGCAGCAGAUUAUGGAGAUAAUGGGGGAAACUGUGUCCGCUAAUGGGGUUAAUUAGUUUCUGAUUUCUUUUUGUUUUUUAUUUGUAGUUUCUCUGUAAUGUUUUUCAUCAAUUGGCUUCAUUGUCUGGUUAGCUGUUUUGGGCAUCGAACUGCAAACUCAAAAAAAUGUGUAGGAUUUUUAAGGUUAACGAUGAUUUCUGUGCAUCCCAUUAAUCCAAAUACUGUUAAUGAAGUUGAAAGUUUGAAACUUUGAAUUGCUCUUAA